GCCAUGAAAAUAUCCUAGAAGAAGAAUCAUUUAUUGCAAGACAUGAUCACUUUUCUAAAAGAUGUGAAUAUUAUACGCUUGAGCUUGUUGAAAAACUUGGAAUGAAGCUUUAUCAUAAACAACUUUGUGAAAAGACUAAGAAAUUAGAUAUUGAAGAAAUUAGACAUCUUUCACGUCAACACGCAAGCUCAUAUUACGAAGAACAUCUUCCCUGGGAUAUAAAUGUAUUUAAUGGAGAAGAAAAUCCACGAAAUGCCCACGAAAAAUACAUUAGGAAGGAUUUAGUUCAACAAUCUAUGGUACUGCGUCAAAAACACAAACAAAUUGGUUACAAUUGCUUUUGCUUUAGUAAUACCACAUUACAAAAUGUAAAGAAGGACAAGAAAAGUUUUACUAGUUACGUUGAUACAACAGAUAAUAAACAACAAUGGCAAUCUAGGAUUUUAGAUAUUUAUGGAUUUAUAUGCCAAUGUGAUAAAUGUGAAGCUGAUCCUCAGUUAUUUUGGUACCCGGCAACU